GCGCAGACUCCGUGCGCGCGGGCUGGGGCUGGUGGCACCACUGUGUUGGCAAUAAAUGCGGAAGACAGUACCCAACCAUAAUUUUUUCCCCCCAUGCUUGUCAAAAGCGGAGUAAUAACACUUGUGUAAAUGGUCGACUGGACAAACUGACUUCAGCCUGUCUUCUCUUUGAAAGCAGAUUCAUACCAGAGGAGCCUCAAUGAGGAAACAGCGCAAGAAAUAGUCAAAGUCCCGGGAGGCAAGAGCAACAGCUCCUUUUCACCGUUCAUUACACACUAGCAAAGGUAAAAAGAAAAGGCAAUACUCGCGUGAAGCGUGGACACAGCAGGUCUAUGAGACGGUGAAUCAUGAGACUAACAGGCCCCCUGAGAGCUGUGGCUGUGCUGCUAAUGGUGGGGCUCACCUGGCUGGUGGCAAACACCUUAUUUGGAGGGGAGAGCGGCUCAUCUGUGCGCCAUUUCUUCAGCGGUGCAAGCGAGAAACCAACAGCUGCUGAACUCCGCCCUCGAAGGUAUAAAUGUGGACUUUCAGCUCCCUGUCCCCCAAAACAUUUGGCUUUCCGCCUGGUGUCUGGUGCUGCCAAUGUCAUUGGGCCCAAGAUCUGCCUGGAGGACAAGAUGUUAGUGAGCAGUGUGAAGAACAACGUUGGCAGAGGACUCAACAUAGCUCUGGUAAAUGGGGUGACAGGAGAGCUCAUGGACACAAAGAACUUUGAUACGUGGGCAGGAGAUAUUACGGACCUGUUGAAGUUUCUCCGGCCACUUCAUGAAGGAACCCUCGUGUUUGUAGCUUCCUUUGAUGAUGCAGCAACAAAGUUGAACGAUGAGUCUCGACGACUGUUUGAGGAGCUUGGGAGCACGGCAGUGAAGGAGCUGGCCUUUAGAGACAGCUGGGUAUUUGUUGGAGCCAAGGGCAUCGAGAAUAAGAGUCCAUUUGAGCAGCGUAUGAAGAACACGAAGAAUAGCAACAAGUAUGAAGGUUGGCCCGAGUCUCUGGAGAUGGAUGGCUGUAUUCCUCUGCGACCACCCCUUGAAGGUUAAUCCCACCUGAUGCUCCCUCGUGCAGUAACACCUGGAGUGGCAGCAGUGGAUCCAAAUGACUGUUAAAAAAAAACAUCAACAGGGAAACGCUGAACAAUUUGAAAUCAUCCAAAAUCUGGGACACAAACGGCAUUUUGAUUUCCCCUCUCGUGCCUGAGGCAUGAGUUGACAGCAAAGGUUGUCUUGGGACUUUAUAUUUAAAAUUGCUGGAACUUGUUAUAGAGGAUUUGUUCAUUAAUCUUUUCGAGACACUUUUGAGCUGAAGUAAUGCUGUAGAAAUGAGUGAAAAUGUUUGAGCCAGAUUAAGCGGAACUUGAGAGGCCAAAUGUUUGAUGACCAAAGUGUAUCGCGACGAGUGAAUGAAUACAGCUGGAGUAGGUCUUCCAAAGCCAUUUGUAGGAAAUGGACAUAUUUCCUGUCUGCAAGCCUGUCUGAAGGGUGUCAAUAUUCUGUCCAUUUGAUGUUCAGAAGGCAAAACGCACUUCUAACUGGUUCCACAGUAAGACAUUUGGAAACUUAAUCCCUUCAAUUUAAGAAAAACAUUUUAAAUUACACUAGUAGUUUUGAUGUCCUACUAAGCAUCAGGUCUGUGGGCAGAUUUUAUAUUUAAAUCCGUUAAUAUAUUUUCAUCCUGUGAUACGUAUUUCAGUGAUAUUAUGGCUAUUGUAAGAUGCCAUUGUUUUCUUAGAACUUGAUGUACUGCAGUUAUCGUUUGCCAUAUGUUUACAGAUUUCUUUAGGCAAAUUUGGUCAUUUCCCUCUGAUAAAACUAUUUAUUUGAAUACUUUUAUUAUUCCUAGUGUGGGUUCAUCUUAACACCGCCCAUAGCCUGCAUCUCCCAACCCAGUGCUUUAUUUUAAGAUUCAACAUAAAUGUGUGGUUGUGUGUGUCGUUUUUUAAAAUGUUUAAUGUAUCCCUUUGGCAUCUUGCACGCCUAACAACAAGGAAGGAAAUGUAUUGAAAUAAAAAUUAUUAUUUUACAUGUAUGGCUAGAAAUCCAUUUUUAGCUGCCUUUGUCUGAAUUAUGUUACCUCCAAGUGAUAGUUUUCUAAAGUGUCUAUAUUGUGAUUACAAUGCUGAUGAAUAAAAUUGCCACAACAUUU